GUGACACUGAUAGAAGGUAAAUUACAUUUUGAAAGACUGCUGCUGGUUUAUGGAAACUGAAACACUUCUCUGAAAGACGACUGCCUGUUUUAACAUUGAUGGUGGGUUGCCUUAUGAUGACCCCCGUCUGGAGGUCAUAGCUGACGCUUCUCACUUCCCACCUCAUCACUGCCCCUCACCCCAAUGAUGACUAUGAGCUCUAUAUCGGACACUUUAGUCCCGCCUGAUCCGUCCAAAUCGGCGUUUUUGGAGUUCGGCGGCCACGGUUACCCCGGACACCAGCAGUCCUCCCCCGGCCUGUCCCACAACCAUUACCCGGUUCACGGUCUGCACGCCGUCGGGCCCUCACAGCACGACGGGCCCUUCUCCUCCGGUGCGUCCUCGUACGGUCGCCCGCUGGGAUACCCGCCCUAUCACAGCCCCGUGAGCGCGCACCACCCCGGGGCCUACCUGCCCUAUCAGCACGGGGGUCACGGCGGCGCGCUGGGACACACCAGACUGGAGGAUGCGGAACACGAGAAGCCCACGGAGGUGAUACACAACGGGGAGGUGAGGCUGAACGGAAAGGGGAAGAAGAUCAGGAAGCCUCGGACCAUUUACUCCAGCCUGCAGCUCCAGGCGCUCAACCAGCGCUUCCAGCAAACCCAGUACCUCGCCUUGCCCGAGAGGGCCGACCUGGCGGCCAAACUGGGCCUGACGCAGACCCAGGUGAAAAUAUGGUUCCAAAACAAGCGAUCCAAAUACAAGAAGAUCAUGAAGAACGGGCCAUGCGGACCUGAGGGAGACCACCUCGCCCCCCCACCGCCAUCCUCCUCUUCUCCGUGUUCCCUUUGGGACAUUAGCAUGGCCGCCAAAGGCGCGCCGGUGCACUCUGGAGGAUACAUGAACAAUUUCGCUCACUGGUACCCCGGACACCAGCAGGACUCCAUGCCGAGGACUCAGAUGAUGUGACAGACAGGAGGACACAACACUUCCAGGACAAACUAUGGAUUUAUACCAGCAAGCUGACUGGAGGUGUUAGGGGCAUGGACAUUGUUAAGAGCUUGAGCCACUCUGGAGGCAAAAAUAAUAUAACUGGCAGAGAUUAAGUACAGUAGAUAUUGAGGCUAUGUGAUAAAAUAGGUCAUCAGGACUAUGAAGGUCAAGAACCAUAGAACCAUUGCAACAGCAUUAUAAAU